AUGCGAACAAGGAAUCGAGGCCAGAGAAGAUCCAUCGUAUCUUCGCUUGGAUUGGGUCCAAAACAAAGUAGAAACAAAAGUGUUACUAGCCUCAGGUUAACUCAGUCAAAGGGAAGUCACGCCACUACUCACUGCUUACAGAACCAGCUAAAGACCCGUUUGUCAUCUCAGGCUUCACGAACUCGAGUCGCAAAUAAUGUCGGAAGACCAAGGAUUCGUAAACGCGGUAGCCGCGGCCAGCAUGGAACCAGCCGUUCGGUUUAUUCGGCUCUCGUAGAUCCAAAGCACAGUAAUCUUGCUUGUGAUUCUUUAUCCCAAUCUGCUUAUUCUACACGAACAAGAAAUGCAGAUGAAGACUCACUUAUGACAAGUAAUGACUCAGCGUUAAAGACACGUGGAUGCAACACUAAGGGGGAUAAAUCUAAAUAUGAUGUAUCUUCGUCGGACAAGCCACUACGUAGGGGUGCAAGAAGAGGACGCCCAUCGUUCGUAAGAGGUCUUUCUCGUGCAUUAUUUUGUGACGGUGUUCAUUCAAUAAAUAAACCGUCGGAUUUUCUAGAUACCGAAGAUAGAGUUAGUGUUUUUAAACUUGAUUCUUCGGAAACUCUUACUGUGGAGUGUGUAGAUUUAAAAGACACUUCAAACCCUAUAAAAACUGAGGAGGCUGGUAAUCAAUUCCCUAUGGACUACUACAUUAAAAAAGAAGGCGAUAAUGUUACUAACUAUACUUCUCCAGUACCAGCAAAACGACGACGUGGCAGACCACUUAAAAGCUAUUCCGCAGCGGUUCCUAAGUUAAGUGCUCCCAUGAAAUCUGAAAGUAAAGAGGUUUUCUUUGGAGAAAUGCUUGGUUCAACUUCACGAGAUUCAUGCCAUGUUUAUUCAGAUCCCACUAAAAAGAGUGAUGUUCCAGGCUUUAACCUAGUUCGGGUUUCCUGUACCAGCUCACCAGUCUCACUUCAUUUUGGUGCUACAGAUGAUGUUCUGCAAGAAGUUUUGAAUGAAGUGAAUGUGUUGGGCUUUGUAAAGUUACCUGUUAAACGUCUUCGUAAAGGUCGUCAGAAGCCUCAAACCGCAUCUGGCGAAAUGGAUGAAAACCAACUCGUAAUGAACUUUGAUUCCACUUCUGUCGCUCAAAUUUUUGACGGUAUUUGCAGUGAAAGUAAGUUAAAUGAUGAACUUGCUACGAAAGACUUGUUUUUGGCAAUGAAUGGUCUUUUACGUCCAGGUGUUUGUGAAGUUUGGCGUAGGCGUCGAGAAGAUCGGAGUAAGCAGUUAAGUCGUAAUUUAAUGGGCCGUUUGCGUCCCAAUCCUCGUCCAAGACGAUACUCGGACAUGAUAUCUCAGAGCAACCACCACUGUCAUGUUGAUGGUCUUCUGUCGCUUGAUAGUAUUCACAAUAGCGAUAAAAUCUUACAUCAAUCAACACGUCCAAGUACGGUUUCUGCAGCUCGACUCACCGCUGCCAAAAAGCUUAUUCGAGCCAAAUCACAUGUUCAAGGCAGUGUUCAAAUUGCUCCUAUUAGAUCUCAUAAUUCAGGGUUUGUGGAUGAAUUGUGUCAGAGGUCAUCACAUUUGGAUCCGAGAAAAAGCCGGGCGGGACACCGUUCUUCAAAAAUAAGUAUUUCAAUGUCAUCUCAAAAUAGCCGUCAUCCAGACGUGAGUCAUCAUAUUGACUGGAAGUUUUGCUAUGUCUCGUCAAAUAAACAAAAUGAAGUCCCGUCGAUCAGCAAUAACAUUCAGCGUCGACGGCGUCAAACUAACUUCACUGCCAAAGGUAGGAUAGAAAGUAUUGAUGAUGUAUCAUCUACUAGGUCACCUGAUAGCAGCCCUCAUAGGCUUGAAGGGGAUAAUUCAAAAGAAUGUGACGAUUUUCGCACACAAGAACUAACGAAUUACUCGCAUCCCAAGUCAGAUAAUGCAAUUCACCUGCGAACUUGUAGUAACGAUGGUGUUGAUAUGCUAGGUGUCAAGUACGAUGCUUCAGUUAAGCUAAUGAAUGUUCGACGUCUUGAAAGACGACGCAAAAGAAGGCGUGCAAUCACAUUUCAACGAAAGCGUCCUAGUGAACGUUUCUUAACUUCGCGCAAGGAAGGAAAGCGUUAUUCAUGCAAAACAUAUUCGCGUGAUGAUUCCCCAGCGUCUUCAUCAACAUCGAACUCUGGUAUAGUAGAUGCCUAUGGCAGGUCUUUCCGUCAAGCAAGGUGGUAUCAUCGCCCUGCAAAAGAUAUACCUUCUGACCAAACGGAAUCAAGUUAUCGUUUUCACAACUGUCUAGAGUUUCGCCCACGGAAGUUAGAGCGUUCAUUAAGUUCGCCGCGUAUACGUGCUGGUUCCAAGUUAGGUAACCGUCGAGUAGGCUUAUCUGAAGCAAGUCAUGUACAUGGAUCACGCCAUCGUAUCCCCCGACGUCCGGAUAAAAUGUGCCAACUCACUCUCCUUGAUCGUCUGGUUCUUGGGUUGAAUUGCAGUGUUCACAAAAUGAUGACGAAAUCCAUAUUAAGCAGCUUCAUGCGGAAGAGUUGA